AUGGAGAUUUUUGAUGAUCUUCAUCGUGAUGUUGUUAACAACAUUCAAGAAGUUUUAGAAUCCAUAAAUGCAUUGGUUCGUGGUUUUAAGUCUUUGCGUGAUGUUCUUCAAAGGGGACAAAACAUGGGACUUCGUAUCUCCGGUGAGGUUCCUUUUGGUGAACAUCCCCGUCGAUAUAAUCACCAAGUAGUUCCAGAAGUUGCUGCUAUUGUUCUUGACGAACAAUACAUGAAUUUUGGUAGAGAUAUUAUUCUUCACCAAUGUGGUGGAGAUUUAAUACAAAUAAAAGAAAUUCAUCCAGCUUACGAUGCUUUAUCCUAUCCUUUGUUGUUUCCUGAUGGGCGAUGUGGGUGGUCACCAACUUUUAAAGCAGAUACUGGAGUGACUUUAAAGUCAUAUGUCCAAUAUUUGCUUCAAAAGCGCCCAAAAUCUAAUGUAUUACAUAAGGCUGGUAGAUUAUUCCAGCAAUAUGUAGUGGAUCAGUAUUUACGUGUAGAACAUGAAAAUUUGCUUUUCAUUAGGCAACAUCAAACUGAACUUCGUGCAGAGUGCUAUCAGGGGGUCGUAGAUGCUUUGCAGGAAGACAAUGGAGCACGCAUUGGGCGUCGCAUUGUCUUACCUGCAACAUUCAUUGGUUCCCCCCGAUACAUGCAAAAACUCUUUCAUGAUAGUAUAGUUUUGGUUAGAGUUUUAGGAAAACCCGAUUUGUUUGUGACAAUGACAUGUAAUCCGACCUGGCCUGAGAUUCUUGAUGAGCUUGAGCCAGGUCAAAGUCCUCCUGAUCAUCCAGAUAUUGUUGUGCGUAUUUUCGAGCUCAAGUUAAGAGCAUUGAUGGAUGAGAUUACGAAGAAGAAUGUCAUGGGAGAGACAAUUGCUUUUUGUUACACUAUUGAGUUUCAAAAACGUGGUCUUCCUCAUGCACACAUUCUUCUUUGGUUGAAAGACAAGGUCAAUGACUGUGACCUUGUAGAUAGGAUAGUAUGUGCGGAGAUUCCCGAUUUAGAUAGACAACCGCAAUUGUAUGCCGCGGUUGCCAAGCACAUGAUGCAUGGACCAUGUGGUUUGGACAAUCCCAAUUGUCCAUGCAUGGAAGACGAUAGAUGUACAAAGAACUAUCCGAUGCAAGCUCGAGAUACUACCGAGGUGGAUGGUGACGGACAUGUUUUGUACCGUCGUCGAAAUCAAGGUCGAUAUAUCGAGAAACGUGUACGUGGACAAAUUGUCCGUUUAGACAAUCGAUGGGUUGUGCCAUACAAUCCAUAUUUGAUAGGUCAGUUUAAUUGUCACAUUAAUGUGGAAAUUUGCACUUCUGUAAAAACUGUCAAAUACCUCCAUAAGUAUAUUUUUAAAGGUCCAGAUCGUGGUGUUGUAGAAACAGAUGAAGUAGUAGAUGAGAUUAAGGAUUUCUUGGAGGGUCGUUAUGUGGCCGCCCAAGAAGCAUGUUGGAGGCUCUUUGGUUUUGAAACUAAUAAUAAGAGCCAUAGUAUUUGUCGUUUGCUUGUUCACCUUCCCAGUCAGCAAUAUGUUACUUUUAAGGAAGGAACAUCUUUGCACUCGGUGAUUGAUCAAAAUGCUGAGACUAAACUCACCAAGUUUUUUGAGCUUAAUUGCCAUAUUCGUGCCUUAAUUGCUUUUGGCAAUCAAGGCAACCAUAUGCUUCUUCGUUACAUGGAUCUUCGACUCUAUUACAAGUGGGAUGUGAAGAAUAACAUGUGGGAAAGAAGAGCAACUGUCAUUGCGUUGCCUAAACAAGUUCGGCGGUUGUUUGCAACACUUCUUGUGUUUGGACAACCGCUAGAUCCUCUUAGCUUACUAAAGACACAUCUUCAUGCUAUGUAUGAUGAUUGGCGCAAUGAUCAAAAUCGCUAUUGCAAAGCAAUUUUGUCCAUUGAAGAAUAUUUGUCAUCAUCAGACAAACAUCUUACAGAUUUUUUUAAUAUCGAAGAAUUGAAUGAGUUUGGUUAUUCAAACAUUGUUGAUGUUGGCGGUGAUUCCAAUGACAAUAUUGAUUUUGAUAACCAAAACAUUACUUUUCUAGAGGAGGAUGUAGGUAGGCUCAACGAAGAACAAUACAUUGUUUUUAAUGCGAUGACCACUGCCGUUUUAAAUUCUGAUUCUCUAGAUCGGCUUUUCUUUUUAGAUGGUCCUGGUAGUACAGCUUGUGCUGGGCAUCGUUUUAUGUUUGAAGCUAUAGACAGAUCAUUGCGAGAUAUACGCAAUAUAGAUAGUCCAAAUGGUGGUGUUGUAGUAUUAUAUGGCGGUGAUUUUCGCCAAACUUUGCCUGUAGUUGUACAUGGAGGUCGCAAGCAAACUGUUCAAGCUUGCUUGCGACAUUCAUACCUAUUUCCACUAAUGCAACAUUUUCAUUUGACCACUAACAUGCGUUUGCAAAGUCAACCGGACUUUCAACGAUUUUUGUUAGAUAUUGGUGAGGGCAAAACCGGUCCAAAGGUAGAUUUACCGCUAGGAUUAGUUGCUCUUGGAAAUUCUUUAGAUGGUCUCAUUGAUGCUAUUUUUGAUGAUCUGGUUGAUUUUUCUGAGCGCGUCAUUUUGGCUGUCCGGAAUGAUGAUGCCCAAGAAAUCAACCGAAAAAUCACUGAUCGUAUACCUGGUGAUGUGCAUCAAUGUUUUAGUGCUGAUUUUGUUCACGAGAAUGAUGAACAUGCCCAUCAUUACCCAGUAGAGUUUUUGAAUUCUUUACAAUUGAGCGGUUUGCCUCCUCACCAAUUAAGUCUUAAAUGUGGCCAAUAUUUGAUGUUGCUAAGGAACUUGAAUCCGGCAAAAGGUUUGUGCAAUGGUAGUCGUUUGCGUCUUUUGCAAGUGUCUUCCAGUGUGUUGUUAUGUGAAAUUGUAGAAGGACGCUAUCGUAGCCAAGAGGUAUUGAUUUCUAGAAUCACACAUCAUUGCAACGAUAGCCGCUUGCCAUUCACACUUUGCCGGAGACAAUUUCCUAUCACUAGUGCUUUUGCCAUGACAAUCAACAAAUCGCAGGGCCAAUCAUAUGAUCGAGUUGGCAUUUAUCUUCGCAAUGAAGUAUUUAGCCAUGGUCAAUUAUAUGUGGCAUUGUCUCGUGGUAGACAUCCUGCAAACAUUAAGGUUGCCAAUGACAACAAUGAAGCCGUGGAAACGGUUAAAAACAUUGUUUAUCAUGAGGUUUUUACAUGA